GCACCUAACCCAAUGGUUAUUCAGAUAUUUGUAGGAAUACAGACACCACAUUUCCGAUUUCUCAAGAUUUGCAUUGGAUUGUGAUAAAAUAUCACCCAUAUAUGUGAAAGAGUAAUUGGGUAACACUGCAAAAGAAAAAAGGUCUAAUACAUUACAUGUUCAUGAAUUAUGGUCAAUUCUUUGGAGCAAUGGAAGGAUAAAAUAUAGAUGACAUCGAAGUGUCCCACCCGUGCACAUACUGCCAAGCAUUAAAUACGGUGUAAUUUCGAUCACAAGUAAACGUUUUCAUAAAAUCAUUUUCUAUCUUUGUUGAGAAAAUGGGUUGGUAUGAUAUGACUUGUAUAAACUUUGAGCAACAAGAGAAUGAUGAAAAAAUUCUCCUUUGGUGUGCCACUGCGCCUUGAGAAGGGAGAAUUGAGGAAAUGGCUGGAGGGUCUUUCACAGCUGAUACUGUGACCAAGGAAAGGGCAGAACAAUACAAAGGAAGAGUCACUGCUUACGUUAUCAUCGCUUGCAUUGUUGCUGCCACAGGGGGGUCUCUCUUUGGCUAUGAUAUUGGGAUUUCAGGGGGGGUUACUUCAAUGGAUGAUUUUCUUAAGGAUUUCUUCCCCUCAGUAUACAGACAUAAGAUGCAUGCGCAUGAAAACAACUACUGCAAGUAUGACAAUCAGGGCCUUGCUGCAUUUACAUCUUCGCUAUACAUUGCUGGUUUAAUUGCAUCCUUGAUGGCAUCUCCCGUUACAAGGAGGCAUGGACGUAGGGCAAGUAUCAUAGGCGGUGGUAUCAGCUUUCUUAUUGGAUCAGCUUUGAAUGCUUCUGCUGUUAACCUGGCGAUGCUGAUCUUAGGCAGGGUUAUGCUCGGUGUUGGCAUUGGGUUUGGAAAUCAGGCUAUUCCGCUUUAUUUGUCCGAGAUGGCUCCGACACACCUUCGAGGAGGCCUGAACAUGAUGUUUCAAGUAGCAACCACUUUUGGGAUUUUCACAGCUAACAUGGUCAAUUAUGGAACGCAGCGGAUCAAGCCUUGGGGUUGGAGGCUGUCCCUAGGCUUGGCUGCAGUACCAGCUCUUUUGAUGACAGUGGGAGGAAUAUUUCUUCCUGAGACUCCAAACAGCUUAAUAGAACGAGGAUCAAAAGAAAAAGGAAGGAAGCUGCUAGAAAAAAUCAGAGGAACUACCGAGGUUGAUGCAGAGUUUCAAGAUAUGGUUGAUGCAAGUGAGUUGGCAAACUCAAUACAGAACCCAUUUCGUAACAUAAUUGAAAGAAGGAACAGGCCAGAGUUGGUGAUGGCAAUCUUCAUGCCUACUUUCCAGAUACUUACUGGCAUAAAUUCCAUUCUCUUCUAUGCUCCAGUGCUGUUUCAAAGCAUGGGAUUUGCAGGUGACGCAUCGCUCUACUCUUCAGCGUUGACUGGUGGAGUUCUUGCCUUUUCCACAUUCAUAUCCAUUGCAACAGUAGAUAGAUUGGGCAGGAGAGUUCUUCUUAUCAGUGGUGGAAUACAAAUGAUCACAUGCCAGAUUAUAGUGGCCAUAAUUUUGGGGAUCAAGUUUGGAGAAAACCAAGAAUUGUCCAAAGGCUUUUCAAUAUUGGUUGUUUUUGUGAUUUGCCUAUUUGUUUUGGCUUUUGGAUGGUCAUGGGGCCCACUUGGCUGGACAAUCCCAAGUGAGAUAUUUCCGUUGGAAAUCCGGUCAGCAGGGCAGAGCAUCACAGUUGCUGUAAACCUUCUCUUCACUUUCAUAAUUGCCCAGGCCUUCCUUGCUCUUCUCUGUUCAUUCAAGUUUGGAAUCUUUCUCUUCUUUGCUGGUUGGAUUACCAUUAUGACCAUAUUUGUUUAUGUGUUCCUACCUGAAACCAAAGGGAUUCCUAUUGAAGAGAUGACAUUUAUGUGGAGAAGGCACUGGUUCUGGAAAAGGAUACUGCCUGAUAACUGAUGGUAGUAUUAGUAGCUGAAUUACUUGAAUGAUAAAUGUUAUCGAUUUGCUUAUGGAGCAUUUUAGAAACUGAAGUAAAGCAUGUAGACCACGAAAGUUUACCAAUGUUAAUGGUGUCAUCAAGUAAACUAUAAAAUUAUAAUUUAUUAAGAGAGCUAGUUGAGAACUACAUUUGUGUAUCUGUUAAAAAUGACAAUAGUGAAAUAGUUACAUUUGUGUAUCAUCUUGCACUCGAAAAUCCUGGACGAAGAGUUCUUAAUAUAUU